GGCAACUAUAAGUAUAAUUUUUCUUCAAUUGUCAACAAUUCAGAGUUUUACUAUACGAAAUUCGACUAUUUUCAAAUGCAAUAUGUUGUAUUUGGAGGACUAUUUGGAAAUGAUUGAGCAUCUGCCUCAAGAGCUGCGAGACCGUUUCACAGAGAUGCGUGAGCUAGAUCUGGCCGUGCAGAACGACAUGGACUCGCUGGAUAAGAAGUCGCGUAUGUUCUUUCAACAGUGCAAACGCGGUGAGCUGCAGUACGAUUCGAUAUAUACGGAAUUCCAUAGCCUGCGAGGCAACUAUUUCAAAGUGAUGGAGGAUGCGGAUGAGAAAGUUGCCAUUGCCACCCAAAUACAUGAGCUCGUCGAGCGCUAUCUGCGCCGACUGGAUAGCGAGCUGUUCAAAUUCAAGUGUGAACUGGAGGCAGACAACAAUGGCAUUACAGAGAUAUUGGAAAAGCGUUCCCUUGAAUUAGACGGCAACAACUCCACGGCUGCGACGGCACUUCUGCUCAGCAUGAAUCAGAAGGAGAACCGCUAUUAUAACACAGGCAGCGGCGUCAACAGCAAUUUAAUGUCGGGCAACAUCAACAGCGCCGCGGGCAUCAUUACCAGCACGGGCAGCACCAGCGGUAACCUGGUGGUCAACAGCUCCGCACUAAAUAGCCUGUCUGGCAAUAACAGCUCGUCCAGUGGCAGCCAUCAGAGACAUCGCAAGCUAGAGAAGCGCCGCGAGACAAUCUGCACGGUGCCCGUGCCGGAGAAGCGGCCCAAUCUGAAUCAGUCGCUGCCCGUGGUCACCGCCGCCAGCAAUAGUGUCAGCAGCAUUGUCAAUCCUGUCAGUGGCAAUCAUGUCAAUGCACUGCCCACUCACGCCUCUCUGCCCGUGGCGCCGAGCACUGCUAGCUCCAACAACAACCACAGCUCGACAGUCGCUAACGCCGUGGCCGCCAACAUUGUGCGCCAGCUGCCCACAAAUCUCAGCGCGCACAGUGUGCUCAGUGCCAACAACAAUAGUGCAGCUGUAGCGGCUGCAGCAGCAGCAGCAGCAGCCGCCGCUGCCAGCAACAACGUAACUGUUGGCCCCGUGGCGGGCACGGGCGCUGGCUCGAGCGCGGGCAUAACUGCCAGCCAUGGCAACACCACGGUCAGCUAUAAUCUGCAUCAGUUUGGUGGCGGGGGCGCUGCCUCCAGUGCCAUUGCGGCUGCCGCCAGCCAGGCGAUUGUUGCCACCCAACAGAUGCCGCAGGGCAGACGCACGGCCAGCCUAAAGGCCAGCUACGAGGCCAUUCACGGCGCUGGUGUUGCGGGCGGCACGGAGUUCUGGUCAGCGGCAGCGGUUCACAAUAGUAGCAUUCAGCCAGCGACUGGCACGUUGGCCACCAGCGUGCAUCAUCAUACUCCACAGCAACAACAACAACAACAGCACCAGCAGCAACAACCGCAGCAGCAACAACAACAACAGCAACACCAGCACCAACAUCAUCAGCAUCAGCAUCAGCACCAUCAGCAUCAUCACGAAAAGAAGCAUAAGAAAAAAUUGAAUGCCAGCAUUUCAGUGCCCAGUGGAAUAGCCUACAAGAUCUGGGAUGGCUCGUCGUCGGGCAAUUCGAUUGCAUCGUCAUCAUCGUCGAUCAGUGUUGAUUCUGCAGACAUGCUUUCAACUGCCUCCGCCGCACCCAUACAACACGCUAAUCUUGGCCAGGGCACACUGGCCAUCAAUCCACCAUCGAAUCAGUUGGCCACCAGCCAUGCGACAGCUGCUGCAGUGGCAGCCACAGUGGCGCCUGUCACGCUGCCCACGGUUAACAACGUAGCAUCGGCGCCCAUUGGACUGCCACCCAGCACUUCGCUAGCUCCGGGCGCUAAUCUAACCAUUAGCGAUACCGGGUUGGUUGUGGAGCAAACCAAUGAAGGCGAAUGGUCGUAUGAUCCCAACGAGCCGCGCUACUGCACCUGCAAUCAGGUAUCUUACGGUGACAUGGUUGCCUGCGACAAUGAUGCCUGCCCCUACGAGUGGUUCCACUAUCCAUGUGUGGGCAUCACACAGCCGCCCAAGGGCAAGUGGUACUGCCCCAAGUGCACAGCUUCUAUGCGACGUCGUGGCAACCGGAAGAACUGAGCCACAAAUUGAGCUGGAGCUGGACCUGCGAGGGAAGAUAUAAUAAACUUAACAUAGAUCCAAUAUAUUAUUCAUAUAUUCUAAAAUUAGAUGCCU